CGUCCGGAAAGAAAGUCGACUAAAAAACAUGGAGUUUCCCCAGCUAGGGACGAAUUGCGCUCUUACAACAUGUAAACAGUUAGGUGAGUUUGUCUGAUUUCGCUUGCUUAUUGUUUCGUUUUGUAAACUGCGAGUUUCACAGGCUAGCGGUGGUAGGUUUAUGUGCAUGUAGAUCAGAUCGAGUGUAAUAAAAAUUCUGAUCAUGAAUGAUGACUUGGCAAAAGUCUAGGAGAAGAUCAUUUUGACGGUAAAGAUAAGCUUACAGGGUUUGUCAGAUGUGUAAAAUUCUGGCUUGGUUUAUCGUUUCUAGAUUUUCUUCCACUGAAGUGUGAUGCCUGUUCCAAGUUAUUUUGGUGAGUUCAUGUGAAUUUUACGACUUAGGUUACAAAAAUACUAUCAAGGAAGUCACAGUUGGGCCGAAUUAUUAAGUUAACUAAUUAAUAAGCUUAAUUAAACUUCAUCAUCAUCAUCAUCAUCAUCAAUCUUUAUUUAUACACAAUAUCGUAUCAUUUUACGUGGUCUUCCUAGGAAUCGUGUUUAAAACGAGACUAAAAUACUCUAAGGAACUAUUGACUAUAAUGUUAAAAAUACAAAAACUUACAAUUAUGAAUAAUAAGAGUUACAGUGGGUCAUGGUGUAUUAGAAAAAUCUUUCCCAUGAAUUGAAGUUUUAAAAACAUUUAAACUAGGUAGUUUUCUAGUCUCUGAGGGAAUCUUGUUCCACAGAACAGAUCCUCUGUAGUGUAGGCUCCCUUUUGCAGACUCAGUUCUGGGUCUGGGGACAUAAUAAUUUAACUCAGAAUUUCUAAGAUUGUAUGAAUGUACAUUUGAGGUGUUGGUAAUAACUUAAUUAUUAUAAUGCUUAAUAUCGUGUAUGGUCACGCCAAAUAAAAGUUAAAGUAAAAUAAUCUGGGCAAGGUUGAGCAAGAUAUACAGCCCUAGGUUAUAGCUCUUUUAAUUCAAGAAAAUUAUUUCUUUAAAAUUCCCAUUAUUUAAGCAAGGAAAGGCUUUAUAAACACUCACUGGCCUUAAACCACUCUGUCAUAAACCAGAAAAUGAGACAUUUAUGCAUCAAAAACUUCUCACAGGUUAUUCCAGUUCAUAAGAUGUAAGGUACCGGUAUUAGUAUAUAAUGUUGUGCACUUUAUCUUUAAGCUCGAGGGGCAUACGCAUGGUAGAGAAGUAACACCAAAUUCUUUUCCAAUGGGAACUUUAACCUUUUCUCUAAAAGAUUAUGUCUAACAAAAAUUUAAAAGAAGCGACAAAUCUUACCAAAAGAUGUUAAAGAAUGAUCGACUUUCAUGAUGCAAUGUCAUACGAAGUUAAAUAAUGUCGUACACCAAGGUAAAAAAAUCGUUGCGUGUUUUGUACGGAGUGUUGAGACCUCUCCUGUUUGCCAAACAAAUAUUAAUCCAUCUUCGUUAACGUGAAAUGAAAAAAUCUGUGUGGUGAAUAAAAACAAGGAAAUUAAAAGCCCAAAUGCAUCUUUGGUCGAGUGCACGUGAUUUCAUGUGCAAAGUCUAAGUUGUUUACAAAGCUUUGUAUGGUGAAGUGGUCACUGUAUAUUCCGAAAAAAAUCUUUGGUAUGUGAGCAGAUAGUAGCCAAAUGAGGCCAAUCCUGACUGCUGGGAUACCAAGAUGGAGUUGAAAUUUACGAAGGAUGGACUCUCAAAGUGAUCAAAGUUUAUUUUCCUUUUUGUUGAGAAUUAUUUUUUCUCAUGCACUGAAACUUGCUGCGUUGUGUGAAGUGCCAUUUUCAGUGUCAACAGGAACAAAGGUUUUGUUUUUAUUAUUCUAUUACCAGAACUAAAUGGACUUGUUAGAUAGAAGGUUUGUAAAUUAUACAUAAUGUACAAUUUGUUGAUAGCCAAAAAAUUCACUGUCUACCUUUAUGCAGGAAUAAAUGACAACUUUUUUUCAGCUCUAUGACAUUAUAUAUAUGCCAAUACCUUACUUUCCCUGAAACAGAUGUGAACAUCGGUAGUGUAGGAGCUGCUCAGAAGGUCUUUCCUGAUUCAUUCUUCUAAGCAAUGGUAAUUCAUUGUUUACCAUUGUUUUCCAGUUUGGGUAGCAAACCAAUUGGACUUCAGGCUAUUCUUCAGUUUUUUUUGUUAACUCCAUAAGAUGGAGAUCACCAUCUCUAAGAUGAGUACUUUGCAUGGGUCCCCAAGUCGUUUAUAAUAAUAUUUUUUCCCAUAAAUGGUAAAAACCAUACUACCUUAGACCUUAUUUUACUUCACUAUAAUAGGUAGCAAGUUAUGAAUGGGCUCGUUCUUUUUGCAGCAAGGAGCAUAUCAAAUACACAGAGCACAGCUGUGAAAAUUCUUACAAGAAGGUACUUAUGUAUUAUAUGUAAUGUCUUACAGUAAAUUUUACAUAUAAAAUUGGGUAACUGAGUUUGAUUCUCAAUUAUCUUUUUAGUCUCCUGACCCAUAACAUAAUAUAUUUUGCAAUACAAAGUUGAAAGUAGGAAGUUGUUACUAAAAUUAUCUUUCUUAGCCAUUUAGCAUUGCAUCGUAAUUCGUGGUGUCAGCAUGGCCAGGUGGUCAGUGUGUCAAACUCACAAUCCAGCAGUCCCAGGUUUGAGUACCACUCUGGCCACAUGCUGGAUUUGUUCUCAGUUGUCUCGAGUUCAAAUCCUCAGCCACACUUUUAAUAGCCAACUGGUUGCCUCCUUCCAUUUUGGUUUUCUAAUCUUGUUAUGUUAUACUUGAAUCAUUUGUUUCUAAUGAAUAUUUAAAUGGUCUGGAAUGCCUGUAAACUAGCUGGACAAGCUACUGUAAGCUCACUUUAAUAUAUAAACAAACCUUUAACCCUUCUAACUUUUUUUAUAUGUACACAUAGAACAUCCCUAGGAUAAGUGAAGCAGUCAUUAUUUUAUGCACUUUUUUGUAGAUGAAAUGUUUAAUAUUUUAAUAAUAAGUUUUAAACUUUGAAAAUUUUUUUUCCUAUUGUAGAGUUAUUAUUGGAAAUUGUUUUUUCUUUUUAGUAUUAUUGUCUGUUUGCCCAAUCAAAAGAACAAUCUUUUUGGUACAAAUUUUUCAAUGUGCAGUUGAGUCAUUCUCUUUGAAGUUUUAGAGAACAAAGGCUGGAUUUCAAGCAUAAUGUAAUAAUUUUUAACUUUAUUUAUCAAGGAUCAUCAAGUACCUGUCUGUCCACUCUGUAACAAGCCAGUCCCAGUACCUCGAGGACAACAACCAGACAUAAAGGUUACUUUUUAUCCCAUUUUCAUUAAAGAAAAAAAUGUUGUUAAAUAAUUCUUACUCUUUUUCUAUCCCAUUUUCUAUGUGAAAAAUUAAAUACUUGUAUGUAACAAAAAUUUUUCACUGUUAUACGUGUACAUGUAUGUACUUUAGGUGAUACAUAGAAAUGAUGUAGAAUUGUUCACUAAUUCCAAACGCAAGUUAGUUAGUAAUGAACAUUAAUUUUUAGUUUAUUAGCUAGUACAAAAAUUGAAAGUUCAGGGUUUUUUUAAUGUAUACAUGUAAUUCUGGUGCCUUCUCCCAACAUCCUCCUCAAUCGAUCUGCAUCUUCAUGUGAAACUCAGCCUCAUCCAGUUUUAUAAUAAUUUGUUAAAGAUAUUAUAAUAUCUGUUUUUAAGGUUGGAGAACACAUUGACAGAGAUUGCCAAUCAGAUCCAGCUGUUGCUAAAAGAAAGGUAGUAUUGAUGUAAAUGAUACCAGUAUACUAUCUACAAAUUUGUGUACUGUCAUUAUAUAUGAGAUUUAGUGACUUGACUUUGACGACCAGCACUAUCGGCCAAUCUGUUGGCCAACAUGUCGGCCAAGAGAUUGACCGGAAGUCAGCAGAUAUAUAAUAUGGCAACCGAUGUGGCAACCAAGAGUUGGCUAACUUAUUGGCCGACAUGUCAAUCAAGUAUCGGCCGAUAGUGUUGACUGAUACUUGACCGAGGGGUGCACAAAUUACACAAGAAUCAAUUUAAAUACAACAAGAACGUACUGUACCAAACUGUAUAUAAAUUCAGUAAUCAGUUUUGUUAGGAUUAUAAUAUUAAUACAAUUGUGAAUAAAUGAAAAGUUUAUUUAUUUUUCUGGUAAUCAACCAUUUAUUAUUUCCGUCAUAAAAAGUAAGAGACUAUUUAAGUACCCCCCCAAAAUACAAGAACCUGUUCUGCCUAGUGUACUUCGCAGCCACUUUUUAGGCUUGUUAUGCAACACUCUUCUCCCUCUGGGGAGGAGCGUUGCGUGACGAGCCUAAAAAUGGCUGCAAAGGAGACUAUAUUUUGCAGACUUAAAAAAAGAUAACGUACUGUAUCGUUGUUGCAAAGUGAAAUAGCUGUUAAUACUUUAUAAUGUUUUGAAAUUCUCACUUUCAAAAUAAAUAAUACAGUUGAAUUCUUGUUUAAUCAAUGAAAGAGGUUUUAUGUGCUUUCUUGAAGUAUCAUGGAUACUCUUGUCUUUUUUUAUUUGUCUUGUAGGCAUACCUCAAUAGAUGCUCUCUCAAAGGAUGCAAACAAAAAGAGGUAAGUCAAGACUUUGAGAAAUGGUUGUACUUAUGAUGGCUCUAUCACUUUUGGAGUGAACUGUGGUGAAAUGUGUAUAUUAAGUAGACCUAAUAAAAUGUAACUUAUGAGUCCGGAAGAAAUCCUAAAGUGUGACCAUUCAAGUGAAGAUUACUGAGAAGCUACUUUGCUGUGAUACUGUUUAUGCUGCAUACAACUACAAGUGUCAGUGGUUUUAACUUUUUAGUGUGUGGAUGAAAUCUGUAAGUGUGACCACUGUAACCUAUUAAGCAGUACAGACAACGUACAUGUAGUUUCCUGUGGUGCUGGUUGUUACAGUUGUAACCCUGAGUCUGUGGAUGAAACUGUAUGAUGUGGUCAUUUUUUUAUUAUUCUAAAGUACUUUUUAUGAUCUAAAAGGCGGGCCCUAAAUUUAACACAUUAUUAAUUUUUAUCCUUAUACAGCUUAUACCUGUUAGAUGUGACUCUUGUAGGCAAAACUUCUGCUUAAAACAUAGACAUGAACAAGAUCACAACUGUUCUGCAGUUGUAAGAAGAUCAGGAACUGGAGGGUAAGUGAUCAUUAGUAAUUAAUUUCAUUAACCAUUAUUUUGAUGACCAUACUGCAGGUCAUUUUCAAUCCAUAUGGUUUCGUGCAUAUUUUCCGUCCUGGACCUGUUUGGCUUUCCUUUUAGAGGAUAGAUCUUUUCACAGGUACCUCAUUUCGCAAAUUUUGAUCAAUCGUGGCAGAGUUUUGCCAUGGCAGGAUUACAUCAGUUGGUAAAGCGCUUGACUGCAGAGCGGGAGGACACAGAUUUGAUUCCCAGGGCUGGACCAAGACUCAGGUCUUAAAAUAACUGAGAAAUGAAGGAACUUCCUUUGUCCUGCAAGUGGCUAGGCCUUCAUGUGGUUCGGAUGACCACAUAAAAUGGUUAUUCCUGUCUCCAGUUGGAGACAUAAAGAUGCUGUCCACAGUUUGUACUAAAUUCAUGCUAAAUGAAUAUUAUUGACACUCCACAUCUGGGCUAGUAAAUGCUAGCUUCAGCUUGCCCGAAUGGCAAGCUGUAAAAAUGAUUUUCUUUACACCCUGGACAUUGUUUGCAUAAAAAGGGGGUUUGCUUUGUGUGACAGAAUGUUGGUAGUACUUAUUAGCUACUUUUGAAUCAAAGUGGAGGGCUUACACUGACAGCUUCUUUGCAUUAAUACACGUACAUUGUAUUUUAGGAAAACAAGUGCAUCAGUAAAAGCAGGGUAAGUUACAACUACAGUGUAACCUGGUAAUAUGGUCACCAAUUAGCCAAAAAAAUGGGCAGUAUUCUAUGGGUGACCAUAUUAACAUGGGUUUUUUUUUUACAAGAAAAUGUAUGGCAGUUUUGCCAGGCAGCCAAAAAAAGAGGACAUAAUAGCGAGGUGACCAUAUUACCAAGUGGGCCAUACCCAAAGCAAAACUGCAAUGUAUACUGUACAUGUGGUUUUACUCUAAAAACUUGUUUUCUUUUUGCUGUUCCUUGUUGUCUAUACACAGUGUGUGUAGUUCAUGUGAAAGGAGUUUUAAUGGUUAAGGUGCUAAACUUAUUUAUUUACCAUUAAUUAUUUUGAUUUGAUGUUGGUUCCUUUAAAGAGAAGCAGCAACCACAAGAGCCGUGAAGAGUUCAUCGUCAAAAGUUAAUCAAACCAAACCACAACAGACCGCAUUGUCAUCAAUUGGUAGAGAUUUAGACCGGUCAAGAAGAGAGCGACAGCAACAGACAAGAGCUCCUCAGUCUAUCGGCAUCCCACGACCAGCACUGGUAAAGCCGUUAUAAUAAAAUCUAUUUUCCACUAAAAAGUGGGAAAUUUUAUAUUAAGUAGUAAUUGUGUGAUUGUAGAUAGUUUCGGAGUUUUUAAUUAAUUUGUUUGAAUAAUAGUUUUUAAUAUAUUAAUUGUAAAUAUUGUAAAGUGCUGUUGAAACAGCACUAUAUAAGCUUGUAUUAUUAGUAUUAUUAUUAUUAUUGUAAAUGUUCAGUUCAUAAGACAGUAUUUCUUCUCCAACCUGAGAGUUCCUUUGUCUUUAUUGUCACUUGAAGGAUAGGACCUUCUGUAGAAUAUGUGCUGUUACCAGUAAUGUUGUCUUUUGCAUUUCCCAGAGGUUGAUGUUUCCUGGAAUUUCUCUGACAAGCUUGUUAUUAUUAUUAUUAUUAUUAUUAUUAUUAAAUAUUGAUGUUGCUUGUUUCACCACCCACGAAUUUAACCUGUCUUACAACAAAUCAGGGUGUUGCAGGCUACUCAUUUUGUUGCAGAAAGCAGAGAACACAUAGGUGUACAUUUGACAACAAAAUCUGUACAUUUUGCACGUUUUGUUGGCUCAAAGCAAACUUGCUUCGAAGCAAGUGAUGUAACUCCUAUGUUUGACUUUUCAGCUCGCUUUGCAACAAGCUUUGCGACAUGUAAACAAGUUUACAUGUUUUUGUUGCCUGUUUUUUUCAUAGCUAUGAAAGGUUUGAACCCAGGAGUCAUUUCAAAAGGUUGAGUUUGAUUGUCCGGGUGAACGUAGUCAUGAAUAGGACUGUUGUUGUUUACAGUGACUGACGUUUCGACAACCUGUUUUUUCGUUUUUUUCAUAGUUUAACAUACGGUAGCUCCAACAUCCAGUGUAUAACUUUAAGUCAGUCAAGCCACACCCAACCCUAAUGAUUUGCUCUGAUAAAGGGCUAGCGCUUGAAAGGUCAGCUUCUCAAUUCCCUUACGGUGACCAAUCUACUUUACAAACUCAGUUGAUAGAACAAAAUUUUUUGUUUUCCUAGUUGUACAUAACGCACUUCUCAAAUUGUGAAUAGAAAAGGGUUUACUGUACCUAUAUUUGAUGUUUGUUCCUUGCAGAGUGAAGAUGAGGCUCUUGCCUUAGCGAUUCAAGCGUCUCUCCAGGAUCAAACCAAGACACAGUCCACCAGCUCACCACAGACAACCCAGGAAGAGGAGGACCGGGCACUAGCACAAGCCCUAGCUGAAUCAGAGAGAGAGGAACAAAAUAGAAGACGACAGCAACAGGUGCCGAAAACAUUGAGAAUAAUUAACAAUUAUUCCUCUCGCUCUCUUGGGCUGGCCGAAUGGGCUAUUGACUCAGAGGCCAUGAGGGCAAGAGGAAUGAUAUUGUUUUAGUAAAAUCCAACUAAUUGGUAAAAAUAUUGAGACAAAACAACUUUAGCUAGUUAAAGCUAGAUUUUAAUCCUUUUUUGCCCGCCAAAAAGCCGGCGCUUCUCGCUACUAGUGGGCUAUAACAUAUAGCCUAGUAGUAGCUCAACCAAUCAGAAUGCACCAUUGAUGGUUGGAUUUUUAUGCUAAUAUGUGAUACGGGGAGCAAGGGAUGGCGCAGUGGUGAGAGCACUCGCCCCCCACCAAUGUGGCCCGGGUUCAAAUCCCGGCGGUGAUGCCAUAUGUGUGUUGAGUUUGUUGCAGAUUUUAUCCUUUGCUCUGAGAGGCUUUUCUCUGGUACUCCGGUUUUUUCGUCUCCUCAAAAAUUAAAAAACCAACAUUUUCAAAUUCCAAUUCAACCAAGAAUCAGGUAGAUGAAGAACCACUAUCAGGAUGUGCUACCUCCAAAUCAUUAUUUAUUCAUUUAUUUCAUUUAUUUAAAAUAUAUUAACUAUGACUACAGUGGAACCCCGCACUACGAUCACCUGUAUAUAACCUACAGUUUUGUUUGUCCCAACGGAAAGCUCACGCUGUUUCUCUAAAAUUAACCCGCUUGAUACGGACACCAGUUAAAUAAUACGGACAACAGGAAUUUUUCUGUGUCGCGAAUCACAAAGUCUCAUAUAUGUAUCGUCCAUUCCACGUUAGAUUGCAUAGAAAUUGUACUCAAUUAAAAAGAUGUCAGAUUUCUAUGAGUUCAUACCAUUUCAUUACUUAUGAAAAGUAGCAAAGUCGCGUGAAAUGUUUGAAGUCCAUCUUUCUUCAGUGUUUGACCCUUUUAAUGUAGCCCCUUAGCAAUGUUUUUUGCCUCCUACUACACAAGUUUGACUUCCUUGGCUUUAUUCUGCAGUCUUUGACCCUUCUUCAGUCAUCUUUGUCUGUUUUAGUCCUAAUAUCAAUAAACCAUGUGCCCGUGACGUAUUUUCGGAGAGCCUGCUUAAUAGGGACAAAUGGAUAAUACAGACACUAUGGUAUGUCCCAUAGGUGCCUAUGUUACAGGUCAAAAUUAUUUUCAGGUUAAGUUUUUUUUUUUUUUUAUAAUUCUUUAUUGAAACAAAUUGAUAUUAAUACAGCAAAUUAGUUACUUACCCACAUAAUUAUAAUGUUACAACUAAUAUUACUAAUACUAAUUGGUUAAAAGUUUUUAACCUACGUUGAUUCUCAAUUUCAUCUGUCUGCUAUCCACAAUUCAUGAGAAUGUCUAUAUUAACCGGGUGUCCGUGCAGCGGGGUUCCACUGUAGUAAUAUUUCACAUGGUUAGGAUCAGGUGGGUGAACCGCUCUUGAAGAAAAACGUGUCAAUGUAGGGUCGUAUGGCAUUCGUUGUUAAAAUAUUCGAUUUCUUCUGCUUUUGAAAGAAAAAAAGGCAAAAAAAUAGCUGAUGUUGGGAUUCUCCUUCCAUUUGCUGCUGUAUUUUUCUUUUUAUGUGUCUUUUAAGCCCACAGUCAUUAGUGUAUGGUAUAAAUGCACUACAGUUCUGCAUUUGAGUCUAUGGGUAAUUCCUGUAGUGUGACAAUUUAAGUUAUACCCCUUUGCAGUAGGUAUGUAUAUGUGGUGCGUGUACAUUUAGCCUGCGUUGCAAGUGUCGAAAGGGGUAGGGGAUAGGGAGGAAGGAAAAAAGGGAUGGGGAUUGGUGCUUUUCUUCCUCCCCCUCCCCCUCCCCCUCCCCUUGUUUCUCCUCCCAUGCACGCUAUUGUUCAUUGAAGGGGGUAAACUAUAGGUGAUUUUUUCCUUUGCAUAUAUCUAACUGUCGUAACCAAUCAUCAGUAGGUUGCCUAAAACGAUACAAUAUCACAAUUAGUUUCGGCUCCAUGAAAUCCUAUCUGUGAUUAUUGGUUUGUUACAGAAUAAAAUUUGAAAUGUAUCUCGAUAACAAUUUUUUGAGCACUUUCUAACUUUGAAAAGUGACGGGGGUUAAAUAAUGACUAAUACCUUUGUUUUUUCUUUUGAUUUGUUACAGGGACAACAAGAAAAAAAAUCCGACUGCUGUGUCACAUAACAGGCCUUAUUGGCGUAAUAGGAGUACUAGGAUUUAUAUUAUUUUGUUACGUCAUUGAUUUUUGGAAUAUAAUGAAUUAAUACCUUAUGUUAUUAUUUAGCAAUACAAAUUUUAAAUUGCGUAGAAUAUUAUAAAAUGGAAAGUUUUUUAUAAUACACGACGUUCAUAAUGGUGGACAGCUCGGGAAGAAUGGUAGCGAGGCCAGUGAUGGCCCAACAAAACAAACAUGGCCGCGUCAGCAACGUCGGGCGCGUUGCUUCUCUUUUCUUUUCAAAAAACUUGCAAAACAAGUCCAAAAUCAAAUCUUUUCAGGUCAUUUAUCGCCCUUGUCGCGUUUAUUGUAGUCAGGAUUAUAAGAGAAGAGCCAUCAACUGAAAGAUGUGCUGAAUAAAGUCUUAAACAUUAUCAUUACCAUCAAGUAUUUUGCCUUUGGUUUGCCACGAAGCUCCGAUCUCUAG